AGGACAUUUGCAUUUGUUUUAAAUAAUAUAAAUCUACAUUAAUAAACCUAUUCAUCGUCGUAAAAUUUUACGUCAUUUAUUCACAAUGUGCGAUUAUUGUUCUUGGAUCGAUCAAAUUUUAGCGAGAAUCAGAUCUGAGGCAAAGCCAGAUAAAAAAAAACGUCGUAGCUAUGUUGAUCCAGUUAUAGUAGUUCAUGGAGGCGCGGGAAAAAUUCCACGAACGAAACGUAAACACAUACUCUUUGAGGUUAAAAAUGCCGCCAUUGAAGCGUACAGUGAUCUUAUCAAUGGUCGAUCAGCAGUGGAUGCGGUAGAAAAAGGAAUCGUUUAUAUGGAAAGUAAGCCGUUUUUUAAUUGUGCGAAAGGUGGUUCUUUGGACGUUAACGAUGAAAUUGUCACGGAUGCUGCUAUAAUGACGAUACGCGACGCUGGAUGUGUAGGCGCUGUUCGUGACAUAGAACAUCCUAUUUCUUUAGCACGGAAGGUAUUAGAGAAAACGGAACAUGUUCUAAUCGUCGAAAAUGGAGCUCAAAAAUUUGCCUUGGAUAACGGAAUUUCAAUUUUACCGCCGGGAAGUUUAAACAUAUCCAAAUCAUUAAUGUCAAGUUUUGAAUCGUUAACAUGUUGUAUGAAUGAAGAACAGGAAGAAAGUGAAUGGAGAAAUGAUGCUAAGGGUAAAAAAAAAGAAUGCGAUUCGGAUUGUUUUAUAAAUCGACCUCAAGACGGUGAAGCAUAUCCAUAUUGUGUAUUAUCUACUGAUUUAGACUGGGAUGAUCCGAUAACUGUACAGGUUAGCGCGGUUGGAGUAGUAGCAUACGAUCGUAAGAAACGGCUUGCAAGCGGAACAUCGACAGCUGGAGAACCUCGAAAGCCGGUUGGUUCCAUUAGCUCAAUCGGUACGGUAAUUGGUUGCGGCAUUUACACAGAUGAACAUGGCUGUACCUCUGUAUCUGGUAACGAUACAAGCAUCUAUUGCUAUGCACCAGCACGGAAAAUAGUUAAAAAAUUAUCUGAAGAUAUAUCGAUUAACACCGCAGUAAACACAGUGCUACAGAACUUCGAAAAUGAAACCGGAGAAUCUCACAUAGGUGCCAUUGCGUUAGACGCAAAAGGCGAGCCUUACGUUUCCUUCAAUUGCACACAUUUCCCAUGGGCUUUCUGCCAGAAAGGUUACGUUUAUUACGGGAUGGCGCAAAACGAGAAGUAUUGGGAAAAAAUAACUAUAUUGGAGCGACCUUUAGAUUGCAUGUGUAUAAGUUCCGACGAUGAGGAUUAGAGAAAUGUUAAAUAUUUCAUUUUAUAUGUGUUAUACUAGACGAAUUUAACUGUAUAAAUGUCUAUUUUUAACAAUGUUAAUAUUUGUACCUAUAGCAAUAUUAGUAUCUUAUUAUUUUAAAGUUAAUAUUAUGCUUU